UUGGGCUAAUAAAAAUGUCGAAGAAAUUUGUGAACAAAGCGGAGGAAGCUGUCGACGAUGCGCUUUUUGGACUGGUUUCAUCGAAUUCGAAUGUCAAAUUUCAUAAGAGCUGCCGACGAGUUGUUCACAUCACCGAUCUCAACCCCUCGCACCACGUUUCCCUGAUAGCUGGAGGUGGUUCAGGACACGAACCGUAUGCUGCCGGAUAUGUUGGAAAAGGUCUUCUGACCGCUGCAAUUGCCGGAAACGUGUUCGCUUCCCCGCCGUCGAGGAACGUUCAGGCGGCAUUGGAGGCCACUAGAGGAGAAGCCGGUGCCAUCUUGUUCGUCAUUAACUACACCGGAGACCGUCUGAACUUUGGUUUGGCGGCUGAGCGAUUCAACGCAUCAGGUGGCACAGCUCGAGUCGUCACGAUCGCCGAUGACGUGGCAAUUGACAGCCCGAAUAGCAAAGUUGGACGUAGAGGUCUGGCGGGUGCAGUUUUAACAAUUAAAAUUGCUGGAGCCAUGGCCUGGGAAGGAAAAUCGCUGGAUGAGAUCUACGAGACAUCUCAAAAAGUUGUGAGCUCAAUGGGUACACUCGGCGUGUCACUUUAUACGGGAAGCUUGCCGGGCAAAAAUCGAGAGACCGAGUUGCCGGACGAUCAGAUUGAAGUAGGACUGGGAAUUCACGGUGAGCCGGGCAAAUUUCGUGCUCAAUUUGGCAGUGCCAAUCGAAUUGUGCACAGCUUGUUGGACACACUACGCUCGAAGAUGGAAAUGCGGGAAGGCGAGAAGUUUGUGGUUCUUGUCAACAAUUUGGGUAGUGUUUCGCAGUUGGAGAUGAACAUCGUGAAUGGAGAGGUUUUGAGAUAUUUUGAAGAUCACAAAAUUGGAAUCACUCGAUUCUUCAGCGGUAUCUACAUGACAUCUUUAGACGGUCAUGGCGUCAGUGUCACCAUUCUGAGAGCCGAUGACUCUAUGCUACAGUACUUGGAUGCUCCAGCGGCGGCGCCGGGAUGGAUUCCAGCACUUUCAGUACAAAAAUGUGUAGAUCAUCAGGAAAUUUCGGAUUCGUCGUCCCAAGGCGACCUAAUCUCAGAAAUUCCAGCGUCUGGAGUAACUGUGAAUGCCCAGCUCGUGGAAGCAUGCGUCGGAGGAGUUGUGGAUGCGAUGCUGGAAUCCGAGAAACAUCUGAAUCAACUCGACGCGUACGCCGGUGACGGAGACUGUGGGAGCACGUUUGCCGGAGCAGCUGAAGCGAUUCGCAAGCAGACAUCAGGCCUCAACUACACUCAUCCGGAGACACUUCUCAAGCAGCUUUCCAUCAUUUUUGAGCAAACCGUCGGAGGAACCAGUGGAGCGCUGUACGCGUUGAUGUUCAGCUCGGCGGCGCAGAGUUUCGCUCAAAGAUCGCAAAGAGGAGAAAAGAUCGAUCGAACGUCGAUUCUGGAGGCGUUGGACAAGGCGAAUCGGGCGGUUCAAAAGUACGGAGGCGCGAGAGUCGGAGAUCGGACGAUGGUUGAUGGAUUGGAUGCGAUGGUCGAGGAGUUGAGAAAGGGAUUCAGUGGGAAUGAGGAAUCGUUGGAUGCGAUCUUCGAGGCGGCGGUUAAGGCUUCCGAAAAAGCGGCGAAAGCGACUGCAAGCCAAACGGCAACCGUGGGCCGUGCCAGCUACACAUCGUCAGAAGCCCAAACGAAGCCUGAUGCAGGGGCCACGGCAAUCUCACUCUGGCUUAGAGCUUGCUGGACGGCUUAUAAAAGCGAAAAAUGAUCAGAGAUCGAGAGAGAGAGAUAGAGAAAAAUGGAUAAUAAAACCAUAUACAUAGUUUGAGCAAAAAUUUAAAAAUUUCGUGUCGAGAAAUAAAAAAUACUUUAAAUAAA